GUUAUUGAAGGGCGAUGGUAUCAGAUAUGCGACUGCUUCGAUGCGAUGUCGACCCAUCGCCGGGAUUGCAACGAUCCCAAGUGUACCUUUUCCUCCGCCCACCCACAGCCAUCACACUGGUGCACGACACACAAUUCUUGUACCAAAAUGAUGACUCUACCAGACAAGCAGCCAAUUCGAAUCAGUCCUCUGAAAUGUGCAAAAUGCUCUAAACAAGAGGCAGAAUUGCUGUUCAAGGGUCAG